AUGGGACUAGGUGCUCUGACAUUAGUAUUCGCAAUAGUUAGUAUAGCAACACCAGGAUGGCCCGGUAGCACUAGUUUAUAUAGACCAACAGUGGAAAAUAAAUCUGCCGCCGCACUAGGAGUACUCAGUGUAUUAUUAAUUGCGGCUGCAUUGGUUCUUACUGGGUUUACCAUGUUAAGAAAGACUUCGUCAAUAUUUAUUUUAUUAGCCAUUAUCGUAUUGUUUCUAGCUUCAUUAUUUGCAUUGGGAACAAUUGUUUCAGUUUCUACUAAUAAUCAUUCGAUUGGUUAUAGCUACAAUUUAAUGACUACUGCACAUGUGUUUUUAAGUAUUGCGGCGAUAGCUGCUGCCGUUGCGUAUGGCUCAGUUUUGUUCUUUGAUACACAUUUGUCAUAUGCAUCUGAAUAUCCUAAACAUUCACUUGAUUUAAACAAUACAAUUAAUCAAAAACUAAAUGAUAAAGUAAUAAUAUUAAAUACAGUUACAAAUAGUUAUGAAAUCAAUUCAAAUGGUCCAAAUUCAGAGAGAGAUGAAUUAGUGUCAGCAGUAGGCGCUUCAGUGAAACUGAUUCGUUCAUUGGCAAAUACCAUUUCAGAAUCAAUAACACUCAAACGAACUCCACUAAAAACAUCUAAUUUACAAAGUGUUAAUCAGCUCGAUUCAUUAUCAAUAAAUACAUUAUUAUCAAGAGAUGGAACAACAACACAGAGACAACAUUCGAGUUUUGUAAUUGUUAAAAAGAAACGUGAGUUAUGA